UUGAUUGAUUGAUUGUAUUUCACAGGUGGUUUCCAGGGAAUGCCCGGGUCGCUGCGUCAGCCCGGACCACGUGCCAACCUGAGACACAUGAGUCCUGGCAGCAACACACAGGGCCCUCGAGCUUCUGGCCAGACCAUGGCCCCCCGUCCAUCCAUGGGAGUCCCCGGCCCCAGGUCCAUACCUCCAUACAAAUAUGCCACCAGUGUUCGAAACCCAAAUCCUCAGGUGGUGCAGCCUAUUGCCAUGCAGCAGGCUCAGCCAGCUGUGCACGUUCAGGGCCAGGAGCCUCUCACCGCCUCCAUGCUCGCUGCCGCGCCUCCACAAGAGCAGAAACAGAUGCUGGGUAAGAGUAAUGUUUGACUAUUUUUAUUUUUUAAAAUACAGAAUUA